AUGCCAGUGGAGCUUGUACUCUCUCCCGUCAUGAGGCCCUUGGUAAUGGCCAAGGCUGUGCUUUUCCACCCUCAUCGUAGAGCCUCCCGAUAUGUCCCAACUAUAGUUGAGAUGUCCGAAGAUGUCUCUCAGUAUGCUGUGUUGAAACAAUUUGGUUCUGGUUCCAAGAUUUUUGACGUAUUUGAUACCGAAAAGGGAGCAAAGCCAUUGGGUGCAAAUGAUCCAGGAAAGAAACUUUUUUGGUUUGUGAGAUCAAGAGCAGUUAAAGGUGCUUACAAGAUGUAUUCUUCCGCAAUUUCAGGAACAGGAGAAAACGGGGAAGAUGAACCUGUUGCUGCAGUUCGUGCUGGAUUACGUUCUAAUGUACUUUUGAUCAGAGCUCCUGAUGUAGCCGCAGCUGAACUUGGCUGGCAUAUUAUCAGUCAUAGAGUGGAUGCGAAUGACAGUUACCGUAUGUUCACUUUGGCUGACGGGUUUACUUAUCAAUGGACGACCAAAGGUAAAUGGUUAGAAAAAGUACAUAAUGUAGGAGAAAAGGAAUCUGAAGUUCGUGAAAGAAUUGCUCAAGUAAUCCCCAAUGGAGUCAAUGGAUUUACUUUGAUUGUUGAUGAAACAAAAAUUCCUAGAGAAAUGGCCCUUGGUACUGCUUUAUGUUCUCAUAUUGACCAUUGGAAUACGAAUAUUGAUGUUGGAGGUAUCUACUAUGCUAGACAACCUCAUCAAGUUCGGUGGAAGAGAGAUUAA